AUGUCAGGCUCCGGGAGGAAAGACUUUGAUGUGAAACACAUCUUGAGACUCCGCUGGAAACUCUUCAGCCACCCUUCUUCUUCCCCAGGCGGGCCGGCGGGGGGCAGCUGUCUCCAGCAGGACAGCAGUGGCAGCUUUGAGCACUGGGGGCCAAGCCAGAGCCGUCUGCUGAAAAACCAGGAGAGGGGCAGCGGGAGCACCUUCUGGAAAAAGUCAUCCUCUUCGUCGUCCUCUUCUUCUUCCUCCUCCUCUUCCUUCUCCUCCUCCUCCUCUUCCUCCUCCUCCUCCUCUUCCUCCAACCCACUCAAUGGCACUCCGGCCUCCGCGGCCACCAGACUGCAUCAAGGAUUACCUGGUCAGAGUCAGCAACAUCCUCCCCGGACAGUCUUUUAUGUGGAGUCCCUGGAGGAAGAGGUGGUGCCAGGCAUGGAGUUUACUGGAGAACAUGAAAAGACCUUGGUCCUUCAAGAGAUGAAAGUUGAGUCUGUGGACUCCGGCCAGGCAACAGGUGAAGGAUGUGGACACAGGCUGACAGCAACCAGCCAUUCUUUCACGCCCCCAAGUGACAUGGACUCCAGUAGCUCUGAGGAAUUCUAUCAGGCGGUUCACCAUGCUGAACAAACCUUCCGAAAGAUGGAAAGCUACUUGAAGCAGCAACAGCUCUGUGAUGUGAUCCUGAUUGUGGGCAAUCGCAAGAUUCCUGCGCAUAGGCUUGUUCUCAGUUCUGUCUCCGACUACUUUGCUGCUAUGUUUACGAGUGAUGUUUGCGAAGCCAAGCAAGAAGAAAUCAAAAUGGAAGGCAUAGAUCCUAAUGCUCUCUGGGACCUCGUGCAGUUUGCAUAUACAGGUUGCCUGGAACUAAAGGAAGACACUAUUGAAAAUCUUCUUGCUGCAGCUUGCCUUCUUCAGCUUCCUCAAGUAGUAGAAGUGUGCUGUCAUUUUCUUAUGAAGCUUUUACAUCCAUCAAACUGCUUAGGGAUCCGAGCUUUUGCAGAUGCCCAGGGGUGUAUUGAACUCAUGAAGGUGGCCCAUAGCUACACAAUGGAAAAUAUAAUGGAAGUUAUCAGAAAUCAAGAGUUUUUACUCCUCCCAGCUGAGGAGCUCCAUAAGCUGCUGGCCAGUGAUGAUGUGAAUGUUCCUGAUGAAGAAACCAUCUUCCAUGCUUUGAUGAUGUGGGUUAAGUAUGACACACAGAGGAGAUGCAGUGACCUAAGCAUGCUUCUUGCCUUUAUAAGACUGCCACUGCUUCCACCUCAGAUUUUGGCUGACCUUGAAAACCAUGCUUUAUUUAAAGAUGACCUAGAAUGUCAAAAACUGAUUUUGGAAGCCAUGAAGUACCAUCUGUUGCCUGAAAGAAGAACUUUAAUGCAAAGUCCAAGAACUAAACCAAGGAAAUCUACUGUUGGAGCCCUGUAUGCUGUAGGAGGAAUGGACAACAACAAAGGUGCUACAACUAUUGAGAAGUAUGACCUGAGAACAAAUUUAUGGAUCCAGGCAGGAGUAAUGAAUGGCAGAAGGUUACAGUUUGGCGUGGCUGUCAUUGACGAAAAGCUGUUUGUUAUUGGUGGUCGGGAUGGUCUGAAGACCUUGAACACAGUUGAGUGUUACAACCCCAAAACCAAGACUUGGACUGUUUUACCUCCAAUGUCAACACACAGGCAUGGUUUAGGUGUGACAGUACUUGAAGGCCCAAUUUAUGCCGUUGGAGGCCAUGAUGGCUGGAGCUACCUGAACACAGUGGAGAGGUGGGAUCCACAAAGCCAGCAGUGGACAUUUGUAGCAAGUAUGUCAAUAGCUCGGAGUACAGUUGGUGUGGCAGCAUUAAAUGGCAAGUUAUAUUCAGUUGGAGGCCGGGAUGGUAGCUCUUGUUUGAGUUCCAUGGAAUACUAUGACCCUCAUACCAACAAAUGGAACAUGUGUGCACCAAUGUGUAAAAGAAGAGGAGGAGUAGGAGUGGCCACCUGUGAUGGUUUUCUUUAUGCAGUAGGAGGCCAUGAUGCACCUGCUUCAAAUCACUGUUCUCGUCUGUUAGACUAUGUGGAAAGAUAUGACCCUAAAACAGACACAUGGACCAUGGUGGCUCCUUUGAGUAUGCCUCGAGAUGCUGUUGGGGUCUGUCUGCUGGGUGACAGGUUAUAUGCAGUAGGUGGGUAUGAUGGACAGUCCUACCUGAACACUAUGGAAUCCUAUGACCCACAAACAAAUGAAUGGACACAGAUGGCUUCCUUAAACAUUGGAAGAGCAGGUGCCUGUGUCGUAGUUAUCAAGCAACCUUGACCUGUUUACAUUACUUG